GCACCAAAUGGUGCUCCUCAUUCUGCAAAGAUCCCAAAACACAUGACAGAGUGAAGUACUCUCCUUCUAUCUGCUACAUAUGCAAACUGUGAAGCAGAUAAAACCUAUAUAUGAUGUACUGAUAAAAUCAGUGAAUUUACUGGCAUUGUGAUGUCACACUUCUUAUCAGUAUGUUAUCUUAUCAAACACGGUUUCCUAUUUGCGACAGAUGUGGCCAGCCAUUUAGGACCUGCUACAUUCUGUGAAUGAACCAUCAUAAAUGAAAUUUAUUUGUAUCUUCUUGGCGUUUGCAUCCACAUCCAGCUGCUUCUGUGCCGAGGCUGUGGAUGACUUCCUGCAAGAUGAUGACUACUGGCAUCCCAGCGACUACAAGAACAAAUUCUGGUUCAACAGACUGGACAGUCAGGUUGAUGUGACUGAAGACAAAGCUUGUGAACAAGAGAUAACAGAUGAAGGCACUGUAAACUUCUCCUUGAACAAUAUCUCUUCUGCUGAAGUGUGCAACAUACUCAAGUGGUACGUACCACCGGUCAGUGGUUACGAUAUGGAUGUGACUAUCAACUACUUGGAUUUAGAUGAAGCUGCCGGGGACUUCUUAAUCAUCAGCCCAGGCCCUUCACUGGUGCGAGAUGAAGCUAGUGUUGUCCUCACCGGUAUCAUCAAUACAACAAAACUGAUUCGAGUAAUGGACCACAAUGAAAUUACUCUGCUGCUAGUAAUACAGGAAAGAAUUACUAAUGAAUCUAGGAAGGACGGCGGCUUCCACCUAUCCUACAAGGCUUCUGGUGAGACAACACUACAGCCUCCCACCACAACGCCAAACACUACACUUCCCACAGCUCCCUCACAUAUCGACUCCGACAUCAGUAUAUAUGUGAGUGGCAUAGGUGCCUAUCAGUUUUACAGCACAAAAAUACUUCCAUUCAAAGAUGUCGUAGCUAAGAUGGCAACUAAUUACUGUGAGAGCAAGGACAUUUCAACUCAAAACUCAACAACGAGAGAGAAUGUCAGACUGUCACUGAUUACUGAGUGCCCCAGGACCUGGCCUAAUUGGGAAACUUGCACAAAAGUGAACAUGACUGUGCCAGUGCAUGUGAUAAAUGCAGACGCUUAUGAACUCACCAGAAGAAGUCUUGAAGAAAUGUGGAAUAUGUAUGCAAAUACAAUGCUGCCAAAUAUCAGUUUGUCGGUAUACCAGGUCCCAGAUAUUGAAGAGACACUACACCUCUGGCUGUAUAUCUUUUUGGGUGUGGCAGCCAUCUUCACGCUACUCAUGGUUACUGCAUGGCGUCUCAACCUCUUGAACAUCAGCAACAAGAAAGGAACUACAAUGCACUAUGGUCCAUUCGAAAAUGUGAGCAUUGCCAGCACUGAUUCCUGGAUAUCCAACUCAUACCAAGAGGUUCCACCAAUGACAGAUUUCUAUCAUGAUACCUAUGACAAAGCACCAGUAAAUCAGAACAUCACAACUUCACCAAACACGCUCACUGUUCCCUGUGAUGAGAAACCCAAACUCUCAGACGAAUUUGGUGCAGCCUUCUAUUUCCAAAAUCGUGUCUCCAACAUUGGCUACGAUAAUCCCUCAUUUAACCUCUCCAGUGAGCAGCACAACCACAAAGAUGCAGAUAUCAUCGACGACUUCAGUUCUGAUGACGAGUCAGCGUCAGGAGCAAAUACAUCAAAGGACAUAAAGCCAAACUAUGAUCAUCUGUAUGAAGCUCCCAAGAAAGUAACAUAUGACGACAACAAGAAUGAAUCUGCCCUCUAACGCAAUGGCAAGGGAAUGCAACAUUUUUCUGAUGGCACUUCAUGGGAGCAGAGCUGACUGUUGUUAGCUAAACUAUAUUUCUGACAGAGCACAAACGACAUGCCAUACCACAUAAAUUGAAUUGUGAGACAAAGGCACUUUAUUUACUCACAUGAAGUAACCCUCUCGCCCCUGUAACACUAGAAAAUGCUUUGGCAUUUGUAUUCUGGCCUUAAUGCUUAAAGGUUUUUGUAAUCUGUCUCCCAGUGACAUCCAUCUUGAAGUCUGACUGUAUUCUAUGCAAGUGUAGUGUUCCUUUCCUCAACACUAAAUAGUGCACAAUGACUGUUGUUUUGUGAAAUAAUUGGCUCAAAUCUGCAAUCACACUCUAUAUGAACAUGGUCAUAAAAGGGUUAAUUAAUUUCAUUACCUACAGUUUUGAAUGGAAAUAAUACUCGAUUCCAAUUUUAACAACUUUGAGGCUGAAACAUUUUCUACAUAUCUCAUGACAUUGUGUCAUGACGACCUCUCUAAAUGGGUUACAAGCCAAACCCGUCCAACUGGUGAAACUGUUGCUCUCAAGCUCAUUAAUCUCAUUUACUCUUCCUGUGUGCAAAUUGGAGAGAUAGUAGUUAGCUAGGCCAACUGGAAUACUCUUCAUUUCCAAUUAUGUAUUCCACAUAUAUAAAGCACUAACAACUGAUAUUCUGCCAUUAUGUACAUUGGUGGUAGUUAGAGAAAUGAGCAGUGGAUUAAUGAAACCUCUGUAUCAUAAAUAGAAAUGUAAUUUAUAAUUAUGUAAAGAAUAAUCUUAAAUUUGAAGCCACUAAAUGAAUGGGAACCUCCUGCUUCAAUACAAUAUUAUGCACUAACCUUUUCUGUGUUCAGUUCAAUUUAGAAAACAAUUCAAUUUUUGUUUGUGUAUUUUAAUUCUAGUUCAUAAUUUCUACAGAUGAAAAGGCAGGGACAACUUCAGCUGUCAACAGACAAUAGAUGAAUCUAGUAUCACUGAUACAAAAAACUUAAGUAAAAUUAAUGGCAGAAGUAGCCAGUUUCUGAGCAAGAUAACCUAUCUGUAGCAAGAAAGGUGUUGAGCCUGACUGAGCUGUUAAGAAAAUAUCAAGUUUGAGUUUCAAGCUGAAAGUCAUUAAUGGCUCAAAUUGGUAAGAUAUUAUUUUCAGUUCAUUAUUCAAGAGAAAUAAAAUGCAGUGAUGAAAAGAACUGAAGCUCCUUCUGACAAUACUGGUUCAGUGUCUUCCAGUUACGUGACAGACAAGAAUCAAGACAGAAAUGCCAACCCAAUUAUAACAUUAUCAGCAUUAUCAAUAGUCAGGUAAUUGGCCCAUUUGUUGACUCAUUCCAGCCACAUCUGUCCCACAGUCUCUUCAAAUAUCUUCUCCAGUUCCUUGAGCCAUGCAGUCUGUAAUGCUUCAGCGGUUUCAGAAGUUUUCCCUCUUUCAUUAUGUCAACGUGCUGAAACCAACUGGCUUUUAUUUUGAUAUAUGUCCAUUACAGAUUCUGGUUUUAAUUCAUUUUGAUGUUUUAACUUUUUUAUGAUCCAUCAAAGUACAUUUUGCUGUUGAAAUCAACAAAUUUCAUUUCAGGAGCUGUCUAAAGACUAAAUAAGUGGUACACUGGUACAAGCCAAAGCAGGAUCCAGUAGCACCACAGCAUUAUGUGACAUUUCACAUUUAAGACAUUCCUUUUGUGGAAUAAACUGAUAUAGGGGCACGUUUUGGAACAUAAAAGGAAAUAAUUAAUUAACUUGUACAAUUAAUGACCCUUAUUAAUAACACUAAUUAAGACAGUGGCAUACAUGUGUCCAUAAUAUGUGUAUUUUUGUAUAAUAUGAUAAUGAGUAAUAAAAGAAUUGAAGAAAGGAAUGUUUCUCUACCUAUAAAGUGAUGAGAGGUACCUUACUGGUUCUGUUACAUUAGAUGAAACGUAACGAUUCAGACUGUUCAGAGCCCCCUCAGAACCCACUCAGAUCCUAUGCAGUAUGCAUGGACAUAAAGAAUCCACAGCUUAAAGCUACACACCAAUCUCCAUCUAGAGAAAAGAAUUAGAAUGAGAGCUGUCUCCUUGUCCCCUACAUGCCAUAAUGCUUCAGAAUAGGCACUAAUUAACUUACGUACAAACUGAACAUAAAUACUGUAAUUAGACGGCUAUUAAAUAUUGUGUUUCAGUAACAAUGAAGUCUAAGUACCUGAAACAGUGGAUGGAUGCCAUAAGUAUUCUUAUCCAUUGGAAAAAUACACUAAACCAAAAAAAAAAAAAAGCCCAAAAAGAGCCAAUGUAUAUGCAGUAACUUCACCUGUUUGGCAGAUUUAAUAGAAAGACAUGUGCAGAGUGGAACUCCAUCAUACACCUACCUCAGCUUUUCAUGUGAGAUCAGCAAUGACAGUCAAACUAUUCUUACAAAGUGGGAAAAGGAAGAACAUUAGAGGAACCUGAGCAGAAGCUCUGAGCAGAGGGAGAGAGUUACUGCUCCAUGAGCCGCAUAUACUGGCAACAUCUGAGGGAAAAGAAGACCGGGAACUUGUGACUACCCGUCACCCAUUAACGGGUUAGGCAUACAGCACAGAUGAGGGAAAUAAGGAGUGUACCAGUACACAAAACACCAAAAUGUAAUUGGGAGUGCAGGGAUGCAAUAUACAGAUGUGAGAUAUGAAGUUCUCAUACUGAACACUGCUCAUGGCUUCUUCAGUUCACUCUCCACCACAGAAGAUAUUAAUCUUCUUGCAGUAUGGAUGAAGAACUUGGGGGGGGGGAUAAAAUGAAAUACAGAGUCUGAAGAGAGAAACAAUAAGGGAUGGUCAAAUUAAGGAUGUGUUUUCUUUUUUAAUGCAAAUGGGGUGGGAUUAAGUCCCUUGUAUUGUGGCAAGGAUGUGUGUUACACACACGACAAUACAAAUUCUCUGUCUGCAUAAAAAAUUAAGAUAUUGAAAAAAGGGGAAGACGGAGAGCCCAAAUGACAGAAGACAAAAGAAAUUAGAGACAAGAGUGGAUACAGAUAUAAGCAAAGUGUUUACAGAAGGGCAGAAAUCAAUUGAGGAAGGUCUGUCAUUAGAUCAGUCACCAUGGGGGAAAUGUUUGUGCAUAGUGAGGACGUUUGGGUAUCUUCAUAAGUACAACACUUACUUUAUUUGCCAAUGAAAUACAGACGACUAAGUUGCUAUCUUUUCCUAUACAGAACAUCCAUGAUAUUAAUAAUUUCUUUUUGACUUCAGUCAAUAAAGAAUUAACACUAAAAUCAACUUCAAUGUCUCUUAUCAUACUGCCAUUCAUAUGAAAAUGAUCAGCUGCAUAAGCUGACACUCAUUUUAUGGUACUUGAUUGAAUCAAUUUCAUAACACAGCAAUUUAAGAUAUGUCACUCUGCAUGGCCACAAGAACUGCAAACAUUGUAGGGCCUACAGUAAUUACAAUUCACAGAGACAUUCACGCAUCCAAAGUUUUCUGUCAGUGACAUUUCUCAUGUUAUCCUACAAAUGUGAUAAGUUAUCAGAGAGAAGGCAUGUGUUAUUUAAUGAGAAGAUGCCCAGAUGCAAGCUUUAAAAUUUUAAUAAUUAACAUGUAUACCAAUCCACUGAUUUUUGGUUCAGACAUUUGUAUAAAAUAGAAUUCAUUCAUACAAAACACAGAUGACACAA